AUGAAAGAAGAGGCUUCAGAGAUGCAAGCUUCAUGCUCUAAUUGCUGCCUUGAACCAGCAGAGGAGGAAGGAUUCACAACAACAAUUACUGAAGAUUGGAGAUCCCCAUACAUGGAGUAUCUGAUUGAUAAGUCACUCCUGGAAGAUUGCAAGCAUGCUUAUAAGAUAAAUAAAAAAGAAAAAAGGUACUUUUUGGAUAGAAGCACGUUGUAUAGAAAUGGGUUCAAUGGUGAACCAUUGAAGUGUCUUGGAAUCUCAGAGUCACAACAGGUGUUACAAGAGGUGCAUGCUUGGGAGUGUGGAAAACAUCAAGGAAAGAAAAAACUUUACAAUCAGCUUUUGAAUUUAGGUUAUUUCUGGUCCAACAUGCGAAAAGACGCUCACGACACAGUGAAGAAGUGCCACACAUGCCAGAUACAUGCAAACUUGAGUCACAAGCCUCCGAAAUUGCUCCAGGACAUGGCCAUUCCAUACUUGGUGGUUGGAUCUGAUAGGGACUAUUCAUCCACCUUCUGGGGGCUACAUAUGGAUCUUAGUAGGAAUUGA